AAAAGAGUAAAAAGUAAGGGGAGUUAAGGAGGCAGAAGAGAGAACGCGGUAUAUAUAUAUACAUAUAUAUACACAUACUCCUCUCUUCGCUUGUCGAUGUUCGAGUCGUAGAGUCUCGAAAUCUCUUCUCGAAACCGGUCCGGCCGGGGAUAUUCGCGAUUGUCGUGUUCUCGUUCGUUCGUCGUCGUGUUCGUUCUCUCGUACGUACCAUGACCGAAACGGUGUUGUCGCGGUUUGAUCGUUCGCAAAUUCGUGCAACCUUGACGUAUCAUCAUUCGUGCAUUCUUUCCCUUGAGAAAGGAGGGAAGGAACGCGAACGGUUCUUUCGUCGUCAUUUCGACGAGUUGUCGUCAUCGUCGUCGUCGUCUUCGUCUUCUUCGUCGUCGUCGUCGUCGUCGUCGUCGUCGUCGUCGUCGUCGUCGUCGUCGUCAUCAUCGUCGUCGUCGUCGUCGUCGUAUGACUCGAGAAACAAGAACGUUUCGUCCAGGCACCGAUUAGGCCGGACGAUACGCUUAUAUACUCGCGUAUCUUUGACGACGAGCCCGAAGAUCGUGCGGUCUCGCUCGCUCGCUCGGUUGCGGUUGCGGUUGCGCGCGCGCGCGCCCACGCGCCUAUUCGGUACGGAAUACCGAACGGCAACGUCGCACUGCUCCCGAAGCGGCCCGCACUUCGUGCAAGUUCGACGGUCGUCGUAACAGCGGGCCGACGGCGAGACGAUGGCGGGACGGCAAUGGCGGCGGCAAUGGCAAUGCAUUGUAAACAACAGCAACGACGAGUGCCGACGGAUAUAUACGCGUGUGUAUAUAUGUGUAUACAUAUAUAUACAUAUCUGGCUUAUUAGCAGUCUCUUCUUGUCGAUACCGCCAAGAUGAUGCGCUCGCUUCAACGACAAUGCAUUUUUAGACUUUCCAUGUCCGUCUGUUCGUACAUACGCCUGCUCAUGCAUUCGUCCGUCCGUCCGUCCGUCCGUCCGUCCGUCUGUCAGUCCGUUCGUCCGUUUUUCCGUUCGUGCGAUCUAAAAACUCGCUUCUCGAAGCGUUCGAAAGUUCGUACACGCGCGCGCAGCGUUAUAUGGAUCGUGGAUCGAAGCGUACCACACGAUUCUGGACAUACGGAGAGAGUGGCGAUGGCCAAUCAACCCUUUAGGCAGCCCAACGCAAAGAGACGAGCAUUGGUUACUCUUGAGAUUCUACGGCAAUUAGAGCAACGCGCACGUUCGUUAUUGCAGCCGUACUACUGUCAUGUUCUGAAAUCUAAACUGUGAUUUCACAGGAAGGAUUGGGAUCGUCGUGUUGAAUUGUUUUUACGUCCUCUAUAUCUUCCAUAAAUAAUCAUUAAUUCAGUGAUGUCACGAGACUAUGAUAGAAGGAGAGGAGGCAGUGGUAGCAGCUCGAGCAAGCUUAGGAUGGACACUAGCGUCUCCCAGACUAGACCACACGGUGAAAGUUCGAGCAAACGGAGGGAAUUAGAUACCGUCAUGCGAAAAGCUCGUGAGUCUCAGUCGAGCUAUUGGAAUAAAAAGCUUUUGGAAGUAGAAGAACGUGAUCCGAAUAGAUGGCGACACAGUGGAUAUAAAGAACUUUAUGUCGGAGGUACGUCGAGUGGAGAACCGAGUAGAAGUCAUCCACGUAGUCCAAGAAGCCCUAGACCGAGAAGUCCACACAGCCCACGACCACGUAGCCCUCGUACUAGAAGCCCUAGAUCACCGCGAGAACGUUCUCAUACAAGAGGAAGAGCUGCGAGAAGUCCUAGUACAGGGAGCACCUGCUCGGACAGAUCAUGUUCCGUCUGUUCGCCGAAGGAACGUCGUCGUAUAGCACCACCGUCUCGUUCGCGUUCAAGAUCAAUCACACCGGUACGUGCGCGUGCGCAUCCUAAAGAGGUUGUGCCUUCGAGUUCGCGUGCUCUGCCAGCUCGUACUAGACCAAGAUCACCACCUUUACCACGUCCACGAACACCACCCCCCGCACCUCAACCUCCACAAAGACAUCAAAAGGAUUACAAGGCUCUAAAAGAAAAGGAAGUCAAGGUUAGACGCAAGGAGAAACAUCACAGCAGAUUGCCAGAGGAUCCAAGAGUUCCCGAACCUAUACCAUUGAUGCGCAAACCUGUAAAAGUAGAAAAAACACAUUCGAGUCAUGGAGCACCGCCGAUGAUGCGUCAACCACCAGACUCUUCGCCUAGUGAAGAUAGUGACAGUUCUUCUACAACGUCCCAUGUAGGACCACCAAGAAUGACGCUAUCGGAACGGUUCGGUAAAAUGGCUCAGUGGAGCGUAGAUCGUAGAGACAUGGAAAACAUGCGUAUCACUAAAGAUGGAGAAAAUGCUAUGAAAGUUGUAAUAGAGGGUGAAGAAAGAAUCGCUCGAUUGGGAUACGAAUCUCCACCUCCUGGACAUUAUCCUGAAUCAUUAUUAGCCCAAGGACCAAGAGGUUUAGAAUGUUGGGACGAUGUACGAGUUCGAUACGAUUAUUACAAAGCAAGAGGAUAUUUACGAGACCUCACUUUAGACGACUACAUCAAAUGGGAAGAAUGGUGGUAUAAAUAUCAAGAAUGGUUAGAGGCCGAACGAUUUUACGAACAAUGGGCCUCAUCUAAUCGUUCUUCUGGAGGAGGCCGCAAAAGACGUGGACGGCGAAAUAACGCUGCCCAUUAAAAAACAAAAAAAAAUGAAAAAAAACAAUAAUAAUAAAAAGGAAUUAAAAAGAAUCUAUAUUAUCGCGCUACAGCUUGUUUUCGAUUCACACACCUUGUCAUCGAUUAGUAUACAUUGUUGUAACAUUUAUCACGCUUAGUAUACAACAAGUAUACAUUGUAUACACAUGUUUCUCAUUAUUUACACAAGACAGAUACAGACAUAUUACACGGACAGAUACAGAUAUGUAUUACGCGUACACGAGAUAAAGGCAUAACUCUGCUCUGUGAAAGCCUUUCGUUUUAAUAAUAGAGAUAGAAGACGAACUGUAAAAACAAAUUUAUGCCCAUUAACAAAGCUACAUAUAAUUUUCUCUCUCUCUCUCUCUCUCUCUCUCUCUCUCUCUCUCUCUCUCUCUUUUCUUAUUUUUUAAACAUCCCUUUCUCUAAUCGAUACCAAAUAAUAUUUACGUCAUGGAAUACAGUUACUUUCACUCUAGUACGUUUUAUAUACUUUGUAUUUCUGAUUUUCUCUAUAUAAAUAUGUUACGUAAAUAA